GACCUGGUCACGGUUGCGGGGGUGAUAUUGACGUUUACGGGUUGUUUGCUGUUUAGUUUGAAGAAAGUUUUGGGUUCUGUCAGGUCGCAAUGUCCACGACUCCCGGAGGUGGUCCCAAGGGACCAAAGAAGAAACCGCUGCCCUACUUUAUGCAGCGUUCCGAGGACACCGUGAUGCCAUCGUUCCAAAACCGACGAACCCUGGCGGACCACGUCAAGGACAAUAUGCUGUGUGCCGGCCGAAAGUCCUACUUUCAGCGGAUCGUGUACGUGGGCUGUCACUCGAAGGUGUCGGCCAUGACGAUCCGCGAUCGGUUCUUGAAGGUGAUCAAAGCCAUGCAGGAGAAAACGGCCAACGAGAUCAAACUGUUUGGGCUGAUGAUCAACUUUGACGGGUACUCGAUGCACAUGAUCGAGAGCGCCGAGGAGACCGUUGGCGAGUACAUGCGGUAUUUGGCGGAAAGUGACCUCUUCGAGAGCUGCCGGGUCGUGCUGGUGUACAAUAACAUCAAUCAGCGAUUCUUCCGAAAGUUGGUUUGGAGGUUUGCCGAUUACCUGAACGAUCUUCCUCCGUCUGUGAUUGACCUGAAAGAUCCGAACGUCGUCCAGAAGACCAUUAAUUCUUUUAUGGAGAAAGUUUACACGCUGAGCAAGAUGGUUCGAACCGAAGAGCUGGAUGAGAGAACCGCUUUCAAAUCGCUCUACCUUGAUGAGAAUUACGAAGAGCAUACACCGGACGGAGUCAUGCUAGACUACCUUUUGAGCCUAAAGUGUCUCUUCACGGUGCAAGAGUAUGGUCAAUUCUACGGGAUCAUCCCGGACAUUACGACAUUCCGUGAUAAGGUUUGGCCAAUCCCGCAAGACUUGACACCGUACGAUGUGUUCGAUACUGGCAGAUAUCAGAUAAAUUUGACUUUUGGAAAUGUGUGAAACAAUAUUUGAAUAAAUAAAAAAAAUCACAACAAAAAUUAAAUUAAA